AUUUUAAUGUAUAGUAUGAAAAUUAUUUUAAUGAAGUGAUUCUUAAAAUGUGUAAAUGAACCUUUUCCUUAUUUUGGUUAAUUUUGUCGUUUCGAACUUUUCAGAAGAAUUUAGACUAAUUUCCCCUAACAAUGUUGAUAAAUAUUAUAGAAAACACACGAUUUGGUUAGAAAAGGAUCCUGACUUGAGCCAUAAUACAACAACGGCUCAAAUAGAUCCUGAAAACUUGAAAGUUAAAAACAGGAUCGUGUCAAUUGUUGGAAGACCGAACGUAGGGAAAUCUUCCAUAUUCAAUCGCAUCACAAAACUUUUUCAUUACGGAAGUGUAGUAAAUGACGCCCCUGGAACCACAAGGGACCGUCAGUACUCAAUUGCUGACUGGAACGGGAAAUACUUUCGAAUAAUAGAUACUGGAGGUUAUGAUGAUGACCAACUUUACUCUGAUGAAAUUAAAUCUCAAAUUAAUACUGCUAUCAAGGAGUCAUCUAAAAUUAUCUUUGUUGUGGAUGCUUUGGAAGGACUUACUUCAAUGGACUAUGAAAUUAGAGACUAUCUCUUUAAGCAUACCAAGAAAAGAAGAGAUUUGGAAAUACUUCUCUGUGUCAACAAGGCAGAAUCAUAUAGAAGAGGAGACAUACUGGCCCAAGAAUUUUGGAAAUUAGGACUCGGAACCCCGUACCCAGUGAGUGCUUUGCAUGGGACAGGACUUGCAGAAUUACUAGACAAGUGCGUUGAGGACUUUGAGACGGGAGAAAUCGUUGAAGACUCACAAAUUGUCGUUGCCUUUAUAGGAAGACCUAACAGCGGUAAAUCAUCAUUGAUCAAUAAGCUGAUCGGUGAAAACAGGUGUAUAGUUUCACCUGAUGAAGGCACUACACAGGACUCAACAAAGGUGUUUGUGACUUAUGGAGGUGAAAAAAUGUCAUUUGUCGAUACCGCUGGCAUGAAACUACUGACCAAGGACAGAAGGAGUUAUUUGUCUCAAAAAAGUUCAUUAAAGUCAAUAAGAGCCAGUGACGUUUGUAUUUUGGUGAUAGACUCAUCUUGGGGAAUUUCCAAAAACGAUGUAAAAAUGGCUGAGGAGAUAAAAGAUGAAAACAAAGCCGCAAUAAUAGUGUGCAACAAGUGGGACUUGGUCGACAAAACACCUUCAAUUUUUGACAAUGUUGUUGGAUAUGUUCGAGAGAAGUUGUAUUGGCUGGACUAUGCAGAUGUUCUAAUUACCUCCGCAAAAUCAGGGCAAAAGGUCCAGAAUAUCUUUGAAUCUAUUCAGAAAACAUAUAAACAGUACUGUUCAAAUCUGCCUACAAAUCUGGUCAAUAAAGUUUUGAAGGACGCCACGUUCAACAGGAGACUACCUGUUACUCAUGGGAGAAGACUUAACAUCUACUAUGCCACUCAGGUCCAUUCUAAACCGCCUGGAUUUACCGUUUUCUGUAACGAUUCUGAAUUAAUGACUGAUGACUAUAAGGAAUACUUGGAGAAAUACAUGAGAAACGCAUUUGGUCUAACUGGAACACCAAUUCAGAUAUAUCCCAGGUCCAGAAGAAGAAAGGAUGUUGUGGAUGACCUUCAAACUCCCGCUAUUAGCAGAUCUAACAAGAAAAACGACCUUCUAAUACUCUAA